GAUUUUUCUCAUCAAAAUGAUCCAAUUCCCGUUUUGGAGACUCCCUAAAUCCAUGUUUACUCAGACAUUUCUCCGUCGCCGCAAUGGCGGCUGCCGCGGGAAGCCACCGUCUUUCUUCAUCAGCUUCCGAUCCACCUACUCGACGACUGCAGUUGAAUCUCCUUCCUUCUCGACCACUCUCUUGUCGGAUUAUCUCUCAGAAUCGCUCGGAUUCUCACGAGAAGAGUCUACCUCUAUAGCCGCCAGGGUAACGCGCUACUCAUCCCCAACGAAACCCAUCUUGGUUGUAGAUUUUCUGAAACAAAUGGGUCUUGAUUUGACCCAGAUUAAAGCUUGCGUUUCCAAAUACCCCAAAUUGCUAUACUUCGACGUUGACAAAAACCUAAACCCUAAACUCCAGUGCCUUCAAGACUUAGGGUUUUCCGGGUCGGGUAUUGCUGAUAUAGUUUUCAAAGGCGGGGGAUUUCUUGACAGGGGACUGGAUACCAAUCUUAAACCCAACAUAGCUCUUCUUAAGGAAGUGUUUGGCAAUAAUGAGGAUGUGAGCAGUGUAAUAAAGAAUUAUCCUGCCCUUCUCCGUACCAGUUCUCAGGUUCUAUACGACAAUGUUUCGUAUUUUCAGAAGCUUGGGUUUUCGAACCAGAGGAUUAAGUGGUUCAUGGCCAGGAGACCGAUGGCAUUCCGAUUUCCUCUUGAAUGGUUUAAGGAACGAGCCCACAUGCUGGAAAAUGAUUUCGGCAUUUGUCCAAAUUCCACAAUGUUCUUCUAUGGGAUGUAUGCUAUGACUUCAGCAAGCAAGUCAUCAAUGGAGAAAAAGUUUGCAGUUUUUAGGAGUUUUGGAUGGUCUGACUCUGAAAUAGUAACUAUGUUUCAGAAGCAACCUUUUUAUUUCACUCUCUCCGAGGGCAAUUUGAGAAAGAAGUUGGAUUAUUUCAUGAAUGGACUAGGGUGCAAGAUGGAUUUCUUGUCCACACGAUCUGUUUUUACCUAUAGUUUGGAAAAAAGGGUAAUGCCCAGGGUAGCUGUCCUAGAUAUUUUGAGGGAGAAGAAGCUGUUUGUGAAAACUGUAUGUGUUUAUACUCUUUUGUGCUUAACAGAAUCAAAGUUUGAGAAGCAGUUUCUGCUGCCAUAUAAAGAUUUAGUGCCUGAUCUGUGUGAAUCAUACAUGACAAGGACCAUCCAGUAGCACCACACUUCAAUAUGGUGAUGUUUGUUUUGCAUUCUUUAUCAUUCCAUUUUUAAUGUGUGACUGUUAGCUGGUUAUUGUUAUUUUGGUCACUGACUUGGAGUAACAUUGUUAUUAUUAUUAAGAAAUUUGAUACAAAAAGUAAAAUUAAAUUCAAAGUUUUGGCUUCUGUCCGAGUUUCCACUUUCCACUUUGUC